CUGCCUGGCUUCCCUUGUUCUGGGGACCAUCCACCCGGCCCCCCGCGGGCUUGCGCCCACACCCUGCCCCGGGGGAGUCCUCCGUUCAUCCGCCCUUGCGGCCCGGUGUCCCCAUCUGCCCACAUCCACCUGUCACCUGCGCAAGGGACACCUGGACGCUAGCCACUUGGCGAGAUCAGGAGGUGUGAAAACAAAGAAAGGACUUAAAUGCUGACGAAGAUGCCUUUGAGCCUCAAUGCUGUCGCCUUUGGGUUACUUAAUUUGUGUUUUAUGGUGUACAUAAGCCUACUUGGUGCUUCACCUGAUUGUGAUGACAUUUCAGAAGAACCUUGCAAUAUACGUAUGACAUUACGAAACUUCCGGCUAAUUUUAUCAUGGGAAUUAAAAAACAAAUCCAUCACACCAAGCCACUAUACAUUAUGGCAAACAAUCAUGAGUAAGCAGGAAGACCUGGAGAUUGUUGAGAACUGUACAAAUAUCACAAGACCAUUUUGUGACCUGACAGAUGUGUGGGGAGAAAUGCAUGAGAACUACAUCUCCGUCUUGGAAGUGUACAGAGAGAACUUGCUAUUGUUCUGCUGUGGGAAAUCUAUCUUUGCCACACAAAUUCAUCUUGAGCCACCAGAAUUUGGCAUCAUUGGCUCGACAGACCACAUCAAUGUGACAGUGGGAUUUCCACCAGUCACCCCCAAGCUAUAUGGGAAAGAAAUGCAGUAUUCUGUAUCACUUGUCAUCAAACAGCUGUCAGAGGGAAUUAUUAAUGUGCAUAGAACUAAAAUUCCAAGAGGCCUCCAUGGAAAUUUCACCUAUGUCAUUGACAAUUUAAUUCCAAACACAAACCACUGUAUAUCUGUUUCUUUUGAUGGUGGUAAUGUGGGAAAAUCAAUAGAGCCUCCCUUAAAAUGCACACUUCUUCAUCCUGAGCAGGAGUCAGGAUCAUCAGACUCAACCAUAAUAGGAAUAAUUCCUGGAUUUUUGAUAGCAGUGAUCUUCGUAAUCAUGCUCGCAUUGAAACGGAUUGGUUAUAUAUGCUUAAAACACAAUCUCCCCAAAGUCUUGAAUUUCCAUAACUUUUUAGUUCGGAUAUUUCCAGAACCACCGUUGUCAGAAGUAGUGGAUGUGGUAGAGGUCAUUCACAUCCACAGGAAGAAGAAGCUGUGGAAUUACAAUUAUGAUGAUGAAAGUGACGGUGACAAUGAAGAUGUCCCCAGGGCAAGUGCCGCUGGUUAUACCAUGCAUGGACUGACGAGCAGGCUUCUGAGCCAGACCCCUGCCUCCUCCUCGGCCAACUCGCAGGAGUCCCCGGAUGAAGACGAGGAAUCUGAGGGAUCUGAUGAGCCUCUGGUAGGGGCUGAGCCAGAGCCCCCCAGUACGUUGGAGCCCAGCCCCUGGCAGACAGAAGGCACCAGUGAACUCUAUGAGAAGAGAGAGAGUCUGCCCCAGGACGCCUUUCCCAGGGAUGACAGCGGCUCCACGGAAGGGCCUGGGGACAGAAUCGCUUUCAAUGUGGACUUGAAGUCUGUGUUUUUGAGAGCUCUCCACAGUGACUGGGAAGAGGCCUGUCAGGUAUCUCCUGCAGAAGACACGGUGGGUCUCGAAGACCAUCCCCGUAGAACAGAACCAGGCCUCCUGGUGGUCACUGAGGAAGGGACACAGCCGCUCCACCCAGGCCUCUCUGCUCACUGUCUGUGGACUGAAGAUGACGUGUCAUCUGAUAAAACUGACACUUCGGACUCUGAGGCUGAUGCUAACCUGGGAGAUGGCUAUAUCAUGAGAUGACUCCAGAAGCAGUCCAUUGACUUCUACUGAGAAUCUACGGGGUUUUCUCCCGACGCCUUGACUUCACACCCUGUGGUCUGCAGGCAUCUGUGGGGGAAGAGCCUAGAGAACUGUGGAACCCACCAAUUCUCCCCGUGAUCUUCCUAUGCAGAUCCCAGCAGGGGAGCAUCGCAUUGCUCAGUACACUGUUUACAAGCUCAAAGUAAUUCACUUUGAAGGGAGCA